UACACUGUAAACAGAAACUGAAACUGAAAGUAGUCGGUUGCUGUGGUGCUAGUAAACGCAAACGGUAGCCUUGCCAGCACACCUUUCUGAUUAUAUUUUUGAUCGUUUAUUUUUGUACCGUGUUACGAAUCUUUUACCAUUUUAAGCGUCACUUUAAGUCGUAUGGACAAGCUUGUCUAGACUUGAUGUAGGAUACGUCAUGUUUCUCGUAUAAGCCUAGGCUAUGUUGUUGCAAUAACCCGUGCUUCGCAAUUUAAUUGAUACAAUUGUUGUGAAGUAUUUUACUGAAUGUCCCCUGAAAAGGUGAAAUGGAGAGAACCUCAUUAUAUCGUCGUUCGUAUGACCCGCGGAUAAGAGGACUGAGCAACUUCAGUCUAUCAUGCUGUGUAAAUGCACUUCUGCAGUCCUUAUUCGCCACAAAGGAAUUACAAGACCUUCUAGACCGUUGGGAACCAAAUGGUGAUUGCGAGGAAAGUAAAAACGUAGCUCUGCAUCUGAAGAAGACUCUGCAGGAUAUGCGACGAGAUGGUCUACAACCUGCGCCUCAUCGCAGCUUCCUGGCUUGCCUGCAUCACAAUUCAAUCUACAGAAAUGUGCAGCAUGAUGCCGAUGAAGUGUUUCUCUCAGUCCUGAACCUCAUUCAACAACAGAUGGCCGACACACAUGUGAAAAGGGAAAUCCUUGACCUUUAUAAGGUCAACAUCAAGGGCCACACAUUAUGUUCGGAGUGUGCGUAUGAUCACGUGGUCGAGAGCUUUCUGCUCAGCCUUCCGCUUUCUGUGCACGAGGGGCGCAAUGACUUGAAGAAAUGCAUCCAGUCAUUCUUUGAGGAACAGGAGCUCGAAGGAGAAGAUAAAUGCUACUGUGAACGAUGUGGACAGAAAUGGCGAUCUAAGCAGUGGUUUGAACUUUGUGCCCUCCCUAAAAUCGUAUGCAUGCAUCUGAAGCGGUUUCGAAAUGUGGAUGGAUUCACCAGAAAACUGUUUAGCAAAGUGUCAUUCCCCGAGACCCUGAACUUCACUGACAUUGAUCCUAAGCACACUACAACUUACAGGCUGUAUGCAGUGGUGGUACACUCUGGAAUUGCCUCGUUUGGCCACUACACGGCAUACAUUCAACUACCAACAGACUCGACAUGGUACUAUGCAGAUGACAGUCGAGUUAAAAAGGUUUCAUGGAGUGACGUCCAGCGGUCUUAUGGAGGACAUUCAGGAUAUGACACAGCCUAUAUGCUGUUAUACAGAGAACAGCCAGAAGAAAGCUCUGCCUCAAACAGUUAAUGGAUUAAAGCUCAACGGCUUUUAUGUAACUGAGUGGACUACAGAAGACACAAUGGACAACUAAAAAAAGAAGGAAAAGUGAACCAUCAUAGGACCAUCGUUUUGUGUACUGUAUGUUUACAUUUUUCCCCAUGAAUUCACAUUCUUAUAUUUCUUAAUUUUUUCAUGAAGUGGAUCACUAUUUUAUUUGAACUUGUGUGUUAUACAUAUUGCAACAUUCCUUUGGUGUAAUGGGAUAGGGUAAAGAUUCAGUGCAAUUGAAAACUUUUUGUCAUUCCAAAUCUGAGUCAAAUCAAUUUGUUAUUGUAUGUUCAUAAACACCUUAAAGUUUGAGUGUUCAAGUCUUG